ACAGCCCUGGGUGGCGCGUUGGGCGGAGAGACCUGUAAUUAUCUUGUCAUGCAGCGAUCAAAACAACUGGGAACUGGGACUUCAGUGAGUUUAAAACAAGAUCACCGACCUCAUGAUUUGACCUCGUAUUUUUCAGAGAUCCCAGUUGUUUUGAAUUCGGCAUCAGUAUGUCUAUAAUUAUUGAGUAGACGCAGGUCGAGCAUCCGCGUAUACACCUGAAAUCCAUAAAGCAGAAAUGCUAAACUGAUCUUAGAUCAGGCAUUCUACUCCGAUUCACACAUCGAAACCGAAACAAGGUGAUGAACCUCUCAGAGGAGAACAGGACAGUCGUGGUCUCUGGUGUACCAGACACACUGUCCAGCAGCCGCAUGGCAGACAAACUGGUUAUUCACUUCCAGAGCUCCAGAAGCCACGGAGGAGAUGUAGAAAACAUCAAGUACCCGACCAGCUUCAAGGGGGUGGCUUUUGUUACAUUUGAAAACACCAGAGAUGCUGAGAUGGUCAUCAGAAAGAAGCAGAUAAUGUGUGACAAGGAGUUCCCUCAAGACUACCCUAUCACUGUAUUCAGAUUCACCCAAGACGUGUUGUUCUACGUGAACGCUAAAGUGGACCUGUCAUUCUGCGGUGACCAGGAACAGCAGGAGACUGUGAUCCAAAGCUUGCAGUCUGCUCACAGAUCAGUGAGGAUCUGCCUUCUACCCAGCCAGGAGGGUAAAGCUUCAGUGGAGGGACCCUUCUCUGCCAUCAGGGACCUGAGAGAGGACCUGCUCCAGUGGGCCACUGCCAUCAGGGACCUGAGAGAGGACCCGAUCCAGUGGGCCACUGCCAGCAGCAGCAGUCACCCAGGGGAGAAGCACAGGGCUCCAUCGAGCUCUGGUUACUCCCUGACCUCAGUGGCAGCAGGGAAUGGGGUAUCCCAGGUCAGCAGCAGUCACCCAGGGGAGAAGCACGGGGCUCCAUGGAGCUCUGGUUACUCCCUGACCUCAGUGGCAGCAGGGAAUGGGGUAUCCCAGGUCAGCAGCAGUCACCCAGGGGAGAAGCACGGGGCUCCAUCGAGCUCUGGUUACUCCCUGACCUCAGUGGCAGCAGGGAAUGGGGUAUCCCAGGUCAGCAGCAGUCACCCAGGGGAGGAGCACGGGGCUCCAUCGAGCUCUGGUUACUCCCUGACCUCAGUGGCAGCAGGGAAUGGGGUAUCCCAGGUCAGCAGCAGUCACCCAGGGGAGAAGCACGGGGCUCCAUGGAGCUCUGGUUACUCCCUGACCUCAGUGGCAGCAGGGAAUGGGGUAUCCCAGGUCAGCAGCAGUCACCCAGGGGAGGAGCACGGGGCUCCAUCGAGCUCUGGUUACUCCCUGACCUCAGUGGCAGCAGGGAAUGGGGUAUCCCAGGUCAGCAGCAGUCACCCAGGGGAGGAGCACGGGGCUCCAUCGAGCUCUGGUUACUCCCUGACCUCAGUGGCAGCAGGGAAUGGAGUAUCCCAGGUCAGCAGCAGUCACCCAGGGGAGAAGCACGGGGCUCCAUCGAGCUCUGGUUACUCCCUGACCUCAGUGACAGCAGGGAAUGGCGUAUCCCAGGUCAGCAGCAGUCAUGCCUGGGAAAAGCACAGAGCUCCAUCUCCAUCAAGCCAUGAUCAUUCCCUGAGCUCUGUGGUAGCAGAGAGUAGGUCUUCCAGGGUCAGAUCUGGGGAUGGUGCUGAGGUGGACUUCCGGGUCAGCCGUUACACCUGGGAGAAGAAGAACAGGGCAGCUCCGUUAAGCGCUGAUCAUUCUCUGUCAAGCUCUGUGGCAGGAGGGAGUGGGGCUUCUACAAUAAAUCAAUCCUUGGAAAAGCACCGCAGGGCAGCUCCAUCAAGCUCUGAUCAUUCUCUGAGCUCCAUGGCAUCAGGGAGAGGUGAAUCCAAGGUCAUCAGCAGCAAUCACACAUUAGAGAAGUACAUCGCUCCAUCAAGCUCUGAUCAUUCUCUGUCAAGCCCAGUGCCAGCAGGAACUUCCAAGGUCAGCUCAGGUGGUGAUGUUGACAUGGAAGAGGAGUCCACGUGGGUGGACACAAACAUAUUUCUUUACAUUCAGAGAUUUUCUAAAGACCAGUUUGACCAAUGUUUUAGGAACCACGGUGUGUCAGCUGUGUUCGAUGACAAUGAUGCGGCCGACCUGACUCUGAUAUCGCUGAGAGGACGCCGCGACAGCAAGGGUCUCUCUGAAGUCCAACUGACCAUAUCAGAGCUGACUGAUUUGGUCGCCGUGUGGCAGUCAACCCUGAGAAUCCACACGAUAGACUACAGAAGGCAGGACCUGCGUGAGAGAAAGAGGCUUCUGCAACUCUGUGCCGAGGUGAACACCCUUUAUGAAGACGUUCUGUACGUGCAGAAGGAGCUCAGUGUCCGGGUCAUCGGUCCCUCUCUUUCCAGUCAUCUCUUUACUGAGUGGGUGAAGGAUCGAAUGGAUCAACCGCAUAAAGAGGACUUCUUGUAGUGGGGGUCAGAAUGUGAAUCAUUUUACCAUUCUGCAAUAGCAGCUAGUGCACGAAGAGCUUUUUUUGCGUGGUAUAUAUUGAUAGCACUGUGAGACGUUUUCAAGAGAUUUCUGUGAUAACUAAAUAGAAUAGAGUUUGUGUUUAUUUGCUGUGUCUCAACAAGGAUGCUGUUUUGUGUCAAGCUAGCCAUGAAGGCAUAACUAGAUAAUAGACUAGAAACUACAUGUUAAUGAGUCAACACUAGAGGGUGCUGUUGUACCGAAUAUACACAAUUUGUUCCAUUAAAUCAAUUAUUUCUGUGUGUCCUGA